UGAUAAAAUAGUGACUUCUUUAGGAUUAAAAAUUGGAGCCCGGGAGGCACGACAUUCAGACCCUAAAGUUCAGAUCAAUGCCAUUUGCAGUCAGUGGCUACCCAUAUCCCAUGCUGUUCUUGACUUCAGCGAUGGUGUGUCAGAAACUUCCUAGUCCCCUUGAUAUUACAGCCGAGAGAGUGGAGAGACUGAUGUGUACAGGAUCACAAACUUUUGACUCUCUUCCACCAGAAACUCAAGCACUGAAAGCAGCUUUUAUGAAAUGUGGAAGUGAGGACACUGCUCCAGUUAUCAUAUUUGUUUCCAAAACGUUUGCAGUUGAUGCUAAGGCCUUGCCUCAGAAUAAGCCAAGGCCUGUCACUCAAGAAGAAAUUGCUCAGAGACGUAAGCGUGCAAGACAAAGGUAUGCAGAGAAGCUUGCAGCAGCACAGGGACAGGCACCCUUGGAGCCCACCCAAGAUGGCAGUGCCCUUGAAACAUGUCCAAAAGGAGAGGAGCCAAGAGGUGAUGAGCAACAGGUGGAAAGUAUGACCCCUAAACCUGUGCUCCAGGAAGAAGACAACCAAGAGUCUUUUAUUGCAUUUGCUCGAGUGUUCAGUGGUGUGGCUCGAAGAGGAAAGAAAAUUUUCGUCUUGGGGCCCAAAUACAGUCCUCUUGAGUUUUUACAAAGGGUACCAUUAGGCUUCUCAGCUCCACCAGAUGACCUCCCCCCAGUCCUCCACAUGGCAUACUGUGCUCUGGAAAACCUGUAUCUUCUGAUGGGAAGAGAACUGGAGGUACCUCCAGGAAAUGUGCUAGGUAGGGUGAUGCUGUUUAUUAUAUCCUUAUUCCAUUUUAGGAGAUUAUCUAACUUGUCACUGAAACUUUAG